CUAUUAGCAGAGGCGACGCCGCACUAAUGACAUGGAAACUAAUAAACAAGUAACCAGAUGAAAUCUUUUGUUUGAAUACAAAGAUACGCGAAGAAACCCAAACCUUUAUGAGACAAACGCGCAGUCUGCUCUUCCUAUGAGUAUUUAAGCAAAGACGGAAGUAAACGACCGGUGACUGUUUCGCUUCGCUGUGUCUGUGUCUAGCUUGACUCGGAGCGGGUGGUUGUUCAGGAGGGAAACUUUACAAGGUUUAACGGGAUUUGAGCACGAAUAAUUCAUUUCGCUUAAUUACCAGAGCCAGUGCAGCCAUACUGAAAGGAGUCCACAAAUCAUGUCAGGCAUUGCAUUGAGCCGGCUUGCCCAGGAGCGCAAGGCAUGGCGGAAGGACCAUCCUUUUGGAUUUGUUGCUGUACCAACAAAAAAUCCAGAUGGAACCAUGAAUCUCAUGAAUUGGGAAUGUGCUAUUCCUGGCAAGAAGGGGACUCCAUGGGAAGGAGGCCUCUUCAAACUGCGCAUGUUGUUCAAGGAUGACUAUCCUUCUUCACCUCCAAAAUGUAAAUUUGAGCCUCCACUCUUCCAUCCAAAUGUGUAUCCAUCAGGCACAGUAUGCCUAUCUAUUCUAGAGGAGGACAAGGACUGGAGACCGGCCAUCACAAUAAAGCAGAUCUUAUUAGGUAUCCAGGAACUCCUAAAUGAGCCAAAUAUCCAGGAUCCAGCCCAAGCAGAGGCUUACACAAUCUACUGCCAAAACAGAGUAGAAUAUGAAAAAAGAGUUCGAGCACAAGCCAAAAAAUUCUCCCCCUCGUAAGGGCGAAGACUUUCUCCGCUGUGGCAGAAGGAAUGGGUUUAACAAGAAUCACCUCCCCGCUCAGUCUCUCAAUGAAUGUGCUCCUCUCACAUCGGGACUUGCUUAAAGACUUCUAUUUAAACUCCACACAUUCUGUGCCAUCCGCUCUCCUCUGACCCAUCAUUUUUUGUUCUUAAUUGCCGGUUGGUGCAUAAUGCUGGGAGGGGAUGGGUGCCUCAGCACCCUGGUUAUUUCUUUUUAAACAUUAAUUGUCUUAUGUGGUGCAAGGGACACAGCUCGGUACCAGUUUCAUCAACUCGGCAAGCUGGCUGUCAUCAAUGUUCAAGGAAGAAAAUGUCUUUUCGUUUUAUUUUUGCUCUUUCACAGGGUCUAUUCCUUUUAUGUUUCCCCCUUUAUUUUCCAUAAAAUUAAUGUAAAAUUAGCUUAUUUCAUUGUCAGUAUUUCAACUGCUGUAUAAUGAAUGGCACUUUUAUACUGUUGUAUCUCACUAGUGUCUCUAGAUGGCUCUGUCUAAUUCUUUUUUCCCAGGUUUUCUAUUCAGCAUGCUGUAAUAUAUUAUAGAAUCUGCUGCCUUGGCUGUCUUUUUGUUAUUCAGAGUGUGUGCUAUGGAAUAAAUAAAAAUGGCCACAAUGACUGAGGCAGGUAGGCUUACUUCUGUAUCAGACUUUAAGGUUAUAUGGUGCUUUGUUCAUGUAUGUGUUGGCGUAAAUAAAACUUUCUACAAAA